AUGCAGGUUUUAUCAUUAUCCUCGAGUUUCGUCGAACGCGUCGCGGUUUUUCAGGCGAGAUGGGCGGCGCGUGUCUUCGCCGGAAGCGUUGAUUUGCCUCAGAAGGAAGCGAUGUUGGAAGAUAUGGCGAGAAAGAAAGCGAUCAUGAAGAGACGAUACUUUGAGAGCACGAAACACACGAUUCAGGUUAAUUUUUAGGAAAAUUUAGACCAAGAAAAAGUUUGGAAGGUCCCGUACCAUUGUACCACCAUACCAUCCCGGUGUUGCGAAAAUAAAUUGAUUGAAUGAAGAAACGAGUCAAUUUUGGUUUUUGCAUUUUUUAAAGUUGAACUUUGCUCAAACUUUGAAUUUAACCUUUUUUUUAACUUUAAAAAAUCUUUCCUCAUCUCUGUUUUGAUAAAAAGUCAACCGAAACUCGCCAAAAGCACAAAAAAGGUUGCGUCGAUAAUUAUGACGCACCAUGGUCGUCUUUAUGUUUUCAUUCUUUCAGGUUGAUUACAUGGAUUAUAUGGACGAAAUCGCGUCGAUCAUUGGAUGUCAGCCUCCCUUGAAGCAGGUGAAACUCACUUUUUCAUUUAAUUUAUAAAAUUAUACAACCUAGAUGAAUUUUCUCUUUUCAGUACCUCUUCUCCGAUCCCAAGUUCGCUAUGCGGCUCAUCAUGGGUCCAAACGUACCUUAUGUUUAUCGAUUAGUGGGGCCAAAUGCCUGGGAUGGUGCUGAACAAGCCGUUAGAGAAGUUCCAUAUCGUGUCAAGAAACCUUUGAAAAAUCGCCAGUGUCGUACUAGGAAGCAUAAGAAGAGGGGAACGACGGUGAGUGCAUGGGAACAUUUCGAAAAAGUAAUAAUAAAAAGUGGAAAACUUUCUGCAUUUUUCCCUUUUUUUGGUUUUGAUUUGUACAAAAUACAUUUUCAACACGAGUUCUUACCAUUUCAAAACUUUAUCGGCUAAUCUUCUUCCCGAGAUUCAUUUGUGAUUGUCUUUUUUAGGUUUUUAUAAAAUCUCAUGAUGAUUUUCUCUAGAUGGAUGCCUUUCCAUACUGAGAAAAAAAAUUUAGUCUUUAGACAAAAACAUUUGAGAAAAAUAUGUUUAGGCUCUUAUUAUAUGUUUUCUUUUUCGUUGAAAAUGUAAGAACACGCAAAUAAUCCUUCAUUUUUUUAAACAAAACAUAUUUUUCAUCAAAAAAACUUUCCACCCACAUUUUGCAAAAAAAGUUAAAUAUUCAAAGGCCCCUGCUUAUAAGUUAAUUUCACCUUUCUUUUGAGUUUCAAGAAAACGUCUGUUUUGUUUCACUAAUCUCUAGCUUUUCAAUUUUUUUCCGAAGUUGCAAAGAUCUACUUUUUAAAAAUAUAUUGGAAACUCCAAAAAGCGGUCCCUUAGAAAAAGAGCUUGAUUUUUCUGGAAGAGCUAUUCAAAUUGGCUACUCUAGGGAUUCUAUUGGCGCUGGGAAAUAAAAAACUUGAUAUCGUUCUUCUUUCCAAAUUGGUGUGCUCUGAGCAAAGUUUCAUACGUUUCCCUUUUGUCUUUUGCAAAUCCCGACCCGCUACGCGACCAUGACGCGUUGACCCAUGGAUUUUUGCAACAAGAAAACGGACAAAUGAUCGAAAAACACUUGUUUUCAGGACGAAUACUUCCGGUUCGCAAGCCAAAAAUGGAUCGCCACCUGGUUGGCGAUCCUAUUUGCGUCGGGAUUUGCGUUCUACUGCUCCGCCGUCUCUGCUAUCCCUUCCUUCUUUUAUUUGAUCAGUCUUUUUAUUUUCUUUAGUCUUUAUGCGUUCCUCCUUCUGUGGUUUGACCUACAGUAUGACAUGUCGACUUGUAUUUGA